CCGGCUGAUUUACUGCUACCUUGGUAGCAUAAAAGCGCAAGUGUCGACGCUACCGUUUCAAACAAAUUAGUGCACUCGAAACGAGAACAUCGAAAAACCAUACAAAAUGUCUCGAUACUUCGUCGCCAUUCUGCUCCUCGCUGUGGUAGCCCUUGCUGCCGCUGAAGAGAACAAAUGUAUGUCGAAUGAGGAAUGGAACAUCUGCGGAAGAAUGUGCGAACCGACUUGUGGUGACCCAAAGCCAAACCCUAUGUUUUGCCCACGUCUCCAAUGCACCAACGAAACGUCCUCCUGCCGAUGCGAGGACAGUUACGUUAGAAACAACGAUGGCGAAUGUGUCCUGGGGGAGCAAUGUUAAAACUCCAGAAACUCAUUAAUUAUUCCCCUUAAUUUGGGACUGCUUGUAAUAUCCUAAUAAUAAAUAUUGGUUGCAAACA